AUGUCAUCUGACGCAAUCGCGUCCCUACCUGAUGGGCCCAUUGGAAUUGAUCACGCCGCAGUGAUUGCUUCAUACAACUGGGUUGGCCAGGACCGUCCAACUAUCAUGAUCCCAGGCAAACCAGCCCUAUGGACUCCUCUCGAUUCUCCGAAGCAGCUCACCCAAGACAACGGCAACACAGAAACAUACUACGUCGACCCAAAUGCAGCAUACGCAUCGAAGCAUGUAUUAAACCCAGAAGUCACGGCCAUCAUGAAGAUGGAGCCGACCUGCUUGGAAAAGCCCGAGCUGGUCGCCUGUGGAAGCACUCUGGGCCAUCUCCUGCGGUUCGCGAUGAAGUCCGACCGUCCAUUCCGCAUGCUCGUGCAGACCGUGGGCUCGACGGUCCAUCUAGUCCGGAGGUUAAACUCGCCCACCGAGACAAUCGACGACAUCAAGGGCUACGGGCAUUCCUUCCCAAACGCGUACACGACCUGGGAGCCCGAGGUCAAACAAUCCAAGUCGCAUCAAAGGGUCAUGCGAUACCAACUGGGCGGUCUCUCAACCUUGAUCCGCUACGAAGGAGAUGGAUACAUCUCCGACACCCGCAGGGUCAUGGCCAAAGCAAAGGAGACUGGUGGCGACCUGUGGGAGCUCUUUGGUGAAUUCAACGUCGGGUCCGGUGAUAAAGCCUACCGUCGCAAAGAUGGCGAGCUCCAAGUAGAAGACGGUGGAGAGGAGGUCGCUCAAGGGGCAAUCUUUGACCUGAAGACACGAUCCAGACUGUCGGCUGCAGGGCGAGACACUCUUGGAGAGGAAAUACCUCGCCUCUGGGUCCGACAGAUUGAGAAGUUCAUCCUCGCGUUCCACAACCGCGGGGUGUUCACCGACAUCCAGGAAUUGGACACCCGAAAGCGCAUCGACGACUGGGAGAAGGAGAACCAAGAGGGCCUGAAGCGGUUCAUGCGAUGCCUGCAUUGGGUCAUUGACAAGGCCACGUCAAAGGAGCGGUAUGCAUCCGAGUUCGAGCUGGUUUGCGACGGAUCCGAUACCUUGGAGUUGCGUGAGAAGCUGGCAGAUGCUGGCGACCCGCUCUCGGAUGAGAUCAAGCAGAAGUGGAAGGAUUGGCUCGGCGAGACUGACGAGCCAUCGGGAGGCAGCCGUGCCAAUCCACGGACGGUCGGUGGGAGCGACUGGCAGAAACAUGGGAAGACUGCCAGCAGCGACGAUGACGGCCACUACCUCGCCUCUGAAUAUCACGAAUACGACAGUCCGUAUGAAUACGAUUGGUCAGAAGCUGAGGACGACAAGGAUCUCACAGCGUGUGAUAAAGAGUGUGGGUACUGUGGGAAAUGUCCCUACUAA